AUGUACAGCCGAGCUCCGAGGAUCACCGACCCGAGCGCACGGAGCUCGGCCACGACACGCACCGGGCCGGGCGCGUACGAGAUACGGACGCACACCCAGACGAGCCAGCGGAACGGCUAUGCCCCGUUCCUGUGUCUCUCCAGCAGACAGUCUGUGUUUGACAGGUCGGUGGGCGAGCUGUGUUCUCCUGGCCCUGCUCACUAUGACGGGGUCCUGCUCAAGAAUUCUGUUGUUGGGGGCCAUUCUCUUCAGAACCGCUCCAGACGCUUUGAGGAGUAUCUGUCGGAUGGCCCAGGGCCGGGCGCAUAUGACAUCUUCCAGCCCUUUGGGAAGAAGUCAGACUUUCGCAGUGCCCCUGAUGGAGUCAGCAAGAAUUCAUGGACUCGUGGGUGGUUUCAGUGUGAGAUGGGCGUGCCCUCUAUCCCAUCUCCCGGUCAGGCAUACGGAUAUGAAGAGAAUGAGCACCGUGUCCUGUGCAGACACAAACCACCCAGUGCUGACCAGAGCCUUGGGCCAGCCUUCUACAGCCCAGCACAGGUAGAGUCCAGGUAUAAAGGUGUCCACUUUGGUCAGAUGACAGGAAAGAGGGCAGAAGUGAAGGUGUGUGAAGGACCAGGCCCAGGAGAAUACCAUCCUGAGGGGGACCACUCUGUGUGUUAUGUAAAUGUGAAUUUGAGGAGGGAGCUAAAGAUACGAAAUGAGCUGCAGAUCAAUCGAUACCACGAACUGCUCCCGCUGCUGGAGGAGAAGAAGGGUGUUCCUGGUCCUGGUCAGUAUCUUGUUAAGAGUCAGUUUGACAAGCCCACUAGCAUGUAUGGAGCUGCUGACAAUAGACCACCAUUCAUGUCCCAGACUCCGCGUUUCAGGUCAGGGAAAGAGGUGGCGCCCCCUGUAGGCACAUAUAAUGACCCACGCUGUGCACUGGACAGUUUGAAGAAAGCCACUGGGCUAAACAGGAAACCUUUCAGUCUCACUGCAGCACGAUUUCUACCAGAGAACAGAAAACACACCACCCCAGGGCCGGGGGCGUAUAAUGUUUUUGACUAUGGUAUUGCGCGGGACAGUGUAAAGAAGGCACAUCUAGAGAGUGUGAGGAAGGGAGGCUUUGGUGCCACUGCACAACGAACCCUCAUCUUCCUCAGUAAAGACGAAGCCCACAGCCCUGGACCAACACACUACAAGGUGGACAAAGCCCCCAUGGAGUCCUAUAAACAGCAACCCACAGCAGUAUUCAGAUCUGCCACAAAGCGACUCACUACGUCUCUACAUACUAAAGACACACCCUCUCCUACCUUAUAUCAGGUACGAGAGGCGUUUGAGAAGACGUACGGGAGGCCUCAUGCUCGACCACGCACCGAUGCAGCACAGAAACGCCAGAGCUGCUUCUUAAGCUCCGCCCCCAGAAACACUUCUUUCCUCCUCUCUGACCCCCAGAUCCCAGGUCCAGGUCACUACAGUCCUGAGAUGAAGACCAGACCAAAGCUUGCUCUGAUUGGCUCUCAUGAAGAUCGCUUCAAACAGUCUAAAGACACAACCCCUGGGCCAGGAGCAUAUGUGUUGAGUCCAGUUCAUCUGGACACUGUUCUGAAGGGAACCUUUAACGUGACCCUACGUAACCCUCUGGUGCCUCAUGAUCAGACAGUGCAUUUGCGGGACAUCACCCCAGAGCUCUUCGUUGGCAGCUGUGCCUAAACAAACCUGCACUGGGACAAAGUGUGUAUACCAGCCUCAGGGGUGACCUCAGUCCACUACCUCCUACACACACACACACACACACACCAAAUUUAUCUAUCCAGGAA